GCAGGUGGAACCUAUUGUCUGGUAUAGAAAGUGUUGUGUUUUUUUUCUGCUCAAUCAUCGGAAAGGUGUUUGCCAAGUGCCAGGGAAAUUGGAAACGUGUGCGAAUGAAAAUUGUCAAUUGAGUGUAAAAUUCGUGAUUUUUGGUGUGUGUUUUUUUCGUCGGGUGGUGGACGCCGCCGCUGGAGAAAGGAGAAAAAAGAACACAUUCAUCAACACGAACAUUUUUCGGCCCGGGCGUGGAAAGCACUGCUGCUGGGAAGAGCACUGUUGCUGCCGCUGCUGCCACCGUCAACAAACUCAUCGCCGAAACACUCCCCCACACUCGUUUACAAACGAACGAACGAACGAAGGGAAAGUUUUACUUUACCGACCCGGUACGCCCGACGACGUCCUUGAAUAGCGAAGAGAGUUUUUAAAUUAUUCGGAAAGUGUCAUCCUCGGAGGAAACCCUUGUUCCAUUCGAUCGGCUAAGCAUCCUCGCAUCCUGCUAAUCAGAAUAUUCCGUCACACCGACCGACCGACCGAACCGGGGGGAAAUACACGGAAGAAAGUGCUUUAUUUGUUUGCUGGUGUUUGGGUAUUUACUGGUGGGUGUGUGCGUGUGGGCAGAGGAAACGAUUUCGUUAGCGUGGGCCAUCGAGUAAACUGUGAAAAUUGGAAAAGUUUUCAAUUUAAAGCACGUGGCAGAACCGUCGCAAGUGUACCAGGAAACGACCGUACCCGGUAGAAGCUACGUUGAUCGGAACGAAUACUAGCAGACAUACGGAAGAGGACAUCCGCAAAGACUGACCAGUUCACGCGCCUAGAAACACCGCGUACCGCACAAGAGGAAGAGUGAGAAAAACGGCCGCACCGAAAAGGGGACCCACCACAGUCGUCCCUCGAACCGUCGUCGUCGUCAUCGUUUUCGUUUCGUUUCGUUGAGAAACCCCGGAAUCCCGGGGUACCGUGAUCGCCGCCGACACAACGACAGCAGCAGCACCGCAGUAGCGAUGCAGUGCGGAGUUGAAACCAUGAAUGACUGCGAGCGAUCGCCCGGCCGUACCGGGUUGCGGGUCAACUUUACCGAGAAGGGCGAGGUGAAGGAGCGCCGGGAGAAAUUCCUCACCGCCAAGUACGGUUCGCACCAGAUGAGCCUAAUCCGGAAGCGGCUGGCGGUGGAGAUGUGGCUGUACGACGAACUGCAGAAGCUGUUCGAUCCACCGACGGAAGCGAUAGAUGUUGAUAUAGACGAAAUCCUCGAUAUGGAUACCGAUGACAUCAGAAGAUCUCAUUUAUUUAGCCUCCUGUCAGUUUGCAAACGACCUCCCCAAGACAUAUCGAAAUUCAUCAGCGACUUGCUGGACCGGGCAAAGACCCUCUGAGCUGGACUGGUCAUUUCAGUUUAAAUAAGAAUGUAAUUUUAAUAUUAAACAAACAAAAAAAAUAACUUCAGCCGUAAGGACACACAUUAUUAAGGAAAUGCAAGUGUUAAUUUAAUCUAAACAAAAAUUGUAAAAGCUAAGAAGACAAAAAAACAAACAACAACAAACAGAACGUGCACGAGCGUCAUUCUCGUAUUGUGUAAGUUGGAACAAAAAACAGAAACAAAAAAAAAAGGUUUAAGAUCAAUAAGGCUCAAAACGUUUUAGCAAAAUCCUGGACAAAAUUGAAACUUUGCAAUCGAACAUAAAAUUAAAACAAAAAAAAAAUGGCUGGUUCGAACCGGCAGGCCAAUGAAUCAAUUUGAUAAUCUUGUAAGUGAAUAUUUUAGAUUUGACGUGUAAGGGAUAAUGUUGUUCACAAGUUAUAUGAAAAACAACCGUGUUUAGUGAUUUACUGUUUUUUUUCUCUCGGCUUAAGUAAAAUCUAAGUUAAACGUUCUCUCUUAGUUUUUAACUAGACUAGACUGUUAAGUGGCAAAACAAAACAAAAAAAAACUGCAUCGAAGUCUUUAUACGCAAAAAGCUUGACAACAAUCGUUGGUUUUUUGUUCAUCACGUGAUUAUGACAAUGAGGAAAUGCAAACAGUGUAACACACGGAAGCGAAGGGAUAUAGCUGAGAAAGAUUUGAUUUUUCUCCAAAGAAUAAUUUAAUUAUCUGAAAACUAAUGCUUAAGUUAGCGGUUACAAAUAGAUGAAGCAAAAGCGAGCAGGAACAUAUACAGAUACAAAUUAAGCUAUAAGUUAAACGGGAAAAGAAAGCAGAGUUGUCCCCUUAAUAUUGUGUUAACAAUUUGACAUUUCGAUGUUGCUCACAGUAAUGUUCUCCUAGUUUCUGCCAACCACAAGAUUUGCUCAUCGCUCGUUUGUUUCGUUCGUUAAUUUUUUCGUUUUUGUAAAACCACUGCCAGGAGUGCUGAGGGCUGCCACCUAGCCAAGAUGAGGAAAAGCUCAGUUCAAUCAAAAACCGAAAGGUGUAAAGGGCUUUUACCGUGCUCACGGUGGACAAAUCUUCCGUUUCAAUUGAAUAAAAAAACAUAAUUCUGAAGUGUAGUUAUUUACAACGCCAAAGGCAUGAACUCGGUGAAACUGAAGUCAUUGAAUUUAGAAUAAUAAAUUGGAAUUAAGCAAACGAACGAGAGCCAGUGAAACACGGGAUAGUUGCUCGUUACAAUGAAAAGAACUACUGAAAUAGUAUAUGUAACAUUACACACAUGAAAAUCAUCCAUAGAAAACAGAAGGCCAAUCUAAAAUCAUCCAAAUCAUCUUAACACUGAUUUGAUGCUUAUGCUUUUUCGCUGCAAGUUUAUAGCCUUGGUGGAGUUUUGAUCAUUGCACUGGCGAAACACAAAAAAAGGAAGUUUACUGCUACUGCUCGAGCGUGUUUUUUAAGUAUAUUAUCAUUCAUAUCAUUGAGUAACGACAACAAAAGAUUAGGCAAAUAUAUCUUACCGUGCACACAUGUAACUUCUUCUAAAAUAUCAGUCUAUACAAAAUGUUUGGUAGUGUAUUCACCGUUCAGCUAUUGAUAGGAUACUAUUCACAUUUAACAGAGUAUGUUUUAGGCUUGGCUUGAGCCGUAGCUCACACAUCUUAAUCGAAAAAUACUGUCAAUAACACCCACAUGCGAGAAAAAAAACAACAGAAGAACAACCAUAACUGUAUUUAGAAAUGCUAGAAAUAAAAAGCAAAACAAAACAAAAACAAUAGAUUGCCCCAACAAAACACACACACUCAAACAAACAAUGCAAAAAAAAAGUGUUUGUACCGUUUCCCCAGGUGGAAAUCAAUGUGAUCCAAAUAAGUAAACGUAUUUUUGAAAAACUGCAACCAAGCAAAAUGCAUCAUCUGCUUCGAUGUCUAUAAAACACUGCUCAUGCUGAUCGUACUUUGUUACGUACGAAGCAGAUCAGAAUAA